GGGAGACGAAAUCGCCGAAACGUCAGCCAUCAGUCCACGGCAGCAACAGCGACAACAACAGUGGCAACAAAAACGACAAGAACAACAACAACAUCGACGACAACUAUACCAACAUCGCAUCAACUCAACAAGAUCAGUUCUUACGAACAUAUAAAUAAAUAUAGCGGAGAGGAUUUCCGUAUUUCAGCAAGCUUAUCCAUGUUAGAAAAUCCAACGCAAAAUUCCGCUGCUGCAUACACGGCUAACUGGGUUAGUAGUACGUCGAGCAUUCCUCCGGAAAUGAGAGACGAACCUGAGGUAAUGUUACUGAAUUUUUAUGCUCGGAGGCGCCCUGCAACACGCAUGGGAUCGAUCCCCCCUCCCGUGGCUCGCCACGCCUUCCAUUCCUCCAGGGUCGGAAAAUUGGUGCAAAACCUGUCUGGAAUGAUAGCAGCACUGGCUUGGUGCAUGAGUAGGCCACCGCGAGUAGGCCAGAUUUGUAUUCAUUCGGCUCCAAACGAUGCUCAGUGA